AACGGAAUCACUGUCAGCAGCUUUAAAGGACCUGGUACUUAUACUUUAAGUCCUGGUAAUGUCAUCUCUGUUGGUCCCUCUGGUGAUUUCUCAUUCAUCACUGGUACUGGUGUCAAUGGUAUUAAGACUGGAAGCACAUUUGUUCCAUCUGUUACAUUACCCGCUGCUACUCUUCCUAACGGAAAUAUUGUAUCCAGCUUCACUGGUCCUGGUCAAUACACACUUGCUCCUGGUAAUGUUGUCUCAAUUGCCUCCAACGGUGUUGUGUCAUCUGUUACUGCAGCUCCCAGUAUUGCCUUGCCUACAGCUUCUAUUCCUGGCAUUUCUAGUAUUGGUUUACCCACUACGUCUUCUGUCAAGGGUGUUUCUAGCAUUGCUUUACCCACUAUUUCAUCUGCACCUGGUAUUUCGAGUAUUGUGUUACCUGGUGUAUCUAGUACGACCAAGUCAAGUAUCUCUUUGCCCUCAGUAUCGUCAUUACCUCACAUUGAUCUUGGCAACGGAAUCACUGUCAGCAGCUUCAAAGGACCUGGUACUUAUACUUUAAGUCCUGGUAAUGUCAUCUCUGUUGGUCCCUCUGGUGAUUUCUCAUUCAUCACUGGUACUGGUGUCAAUGGUAUUAAGACUGGAAGCACAUUUGUU